UCUCUCUCUCUCUCUCUCUCUCUCUCUCUCUCUGUAUAGUUGAAUUAUUUCAUUAGUGGCCGAGUAUAAAUUAAUUAAUAUAUGUAUUGUAGCUUGUGUUCUUGUGAUUUGCUAUUUAGGUGAAUUUCAUUCUUUUCUGAUUCAUAUCCUCAAUCAAUUACAUGUGAGACGUUCGUUGUGAAUCAAUGAGACGUUCGUUGUCAAUCAAUGAGACGUUCGUUGUGAAUCAUAUAAACAGAGGAUGGCUUGUGUGAGCUUUAAAGGAUUCAGACUCUUUUUUCCCUCUAAAUGGCAAAAAUUAUUUAGGAUUAUGUUCAUACUAUACAUGUUUUGUUAUUUGUUCUAACAGUAGUGAAUAUGUUUGAUAGAGGGAACCACUCAGUUUCCUGGUACUUGUUUCUGAGCAAUGCAAACAAAUAUUUUAGACCCAUACAAACUAUAAACAUGUGGUCAUGGAACAUUAUUAAAGAUUUGAAGACUCUAUAAUUUUUAAUAAGGGAAGUGUAAAACUAUUAUUCGUGUUGUGUUUUAGAUAAUUUCUUAUAAGCAAAGAGUAAGCAUUACCCAAAACAAUUUUUUGUUUCUUUUGAACAAUUUCGGAAAAGCAAUGAAAGAUCCAAGUCGGUCAAUAAAUUUCUCCAUUACAAAUACUGACAUUGUCCGUUCAUAGAAGUUUGUCAUUCAUGUCCUUUUACCUUUUGAUGAUACUGUACAAUUGCAUAAAAGUAGAAUACUAAUCGUAUUUAUCCAACUACUCUUUGGGUCUUAUUUUGCUUGCUCUUUAUUAUUUAAAACCCUAUAAUCAGCUUUUUCUCUUCUGGCAGAUAAUUGGUUAAUGCUCCCCAGUAUUGUUUCUUGCUAAUGAUUAUUUUCCUUACAAGGGUAAAGAAAGAGUUAGAGAGAAAAGGUCUUGAUUAUACUACUAAACGGAAAACAAGCAUUUCUUUGAAUUUCUGAAAGGUUAUAGAAGAUAUCCCGGUUCCGUUCAAACAUCACCACCUCUGGAGCUAUGAGCAAGGAUGUUGAUAUAAUAAGCACUUUGCCAGAUGACCUUCUAGGUCGCAUCAUUUCUCUUCUUCCCACAAAGGAUGCAAUUGGUACUGCUGUUCUCUCUUCAAGAUGGAAAAAUCUCAUGGAUUUUGUCCCAGUUCUUGAUCUUGCUUGUCACGUUCCUACAGCUGGCUUUAUAGAUACUGUGAAAAAGUUAUUACCAAGUACUAGCAGCUCAGCAAAUACUCAAGUUAUCCAAAACCUCCGGCUGCAAAUAUGUGAAUGUCAUUGGUGCAUUGUUCCGGUUCAUGUUAAUAGAUGGGUUCGUUCAGCAAUUGAACGUAAAGUGGUUCACCUUGAUGUUUGUCUUCCUGACUUCGUUAGUGGCACAGUUGCAAAUGAUAUGAUAUUAGCUUUGCGUAUCAUAGCAUCUGAUUCACUACAGACUCUAAAUAUCAGGGGAGGGUUGGGUCUAUGCAUGCCCUGUUCGACAGGAUCUUUUAAGAACCUGAAAACAUUUAACCUCAGGAUAAAUAAUCCAGAUAAGGAGAUACUGGCAAACUUGUUCUGUAGUCUUCCUCAACUUGAAGAGUUGUCGGUUGAGGCAACAUUUUCAAUGAUCAGGCCUGGGGAUAUGAACAUCUGCAUUAAUAUCAUUGCACCUGCUUUAAAGCAGUUAUGCUUAUGUAUCAAUCAAAAAGAUUAUCACGAUGUUGAUUUUAAGAUACUGAUCGAUACUCCGAUGCUUAAAUAUAUAUUUCUGGGAGAUGACUUUUUGGCUGCCUACUUGGUCAAGAGCCUACCUUGCAUUGUCAUAGCGACAUUGGCCAUAGGGAUGAAUCUCUAUCAUGAGGACCGUGUUUUUCGUGCAAUUGAGCUUCUCAGGAGACUUUCUAAUGUUAAGUAUCUUUCAGUUACAAGCGAUGCUUCAGCUGCACUGGAUUGGGCUGAUCAAGAUUUUCCCAUAUUACACGGUGUGACAGACUUGGAAUUGGAUGAUGUGUCUCUUUCUGGCUUCUCACUGAUACCAAAGUUUCUCAAGAGUGCACCAAAUUUGAAAAAUAUUGUCGUAACAAUACAGCCGGAAGUCGAUCUUACGGGUUGGUCUUGGAUUUCACCUGAGACUUUGCCGACUAGCUUGUCACAUCUUGAAAACUUUGAGAUCAAGGAAGCCGAGACCAUCAGCGAUGAACCCAGUUUUGUUACCAUGAUCAAAUACAUAAUUGAGAAUGCGAAAGCCCUUAAGAUGUUUACAAUUUAUGGAUAUAGCAUCAUGAAGUUCUAGUGGGUUGUCUCCUGCAACUUAGAAGUAAACUCUUUCUAUUGUUGGCCAAUUACGCUUCGGCGUCUGGUUUUUUGGAAUUGUUAGUAGCUAAAUAAAUGCUCCAAGACAAUACUGUUACAAUGUUAUGUUUUUGAAACAUGGUCGAAUUUUGUGAUAUAUGCUGGUUUGAGCCUGAUGGGGAGUAGUUUGGCUUUAUA